AUGACUGAUAUUCAGCACCAAUUGAGAUCUGUUGUAAUUAAGAACGAAAAUACUAAAGAAUAUCCGAAAUAUCCACCGGGACUUAGUCAAAAAUUUAUUGAAAAACUUGAAAAACUUCAGUAUUUAACUGAAGAAAGAUCAAAAUAUCCUCCGGGCUUAGGAUAUAGUCCGGAAAUUAAUACUACGUUAAGAAAAUUGGAAAUUAAAAAAUCUUCGAAAGGGAUAUCUUUAAUAUCUUUUAAUUUGGGAAUUGAAAAGGAACCACCGGCCAGGGAAAACCACAUAUUACUCGACUUAUCUGCUCACAUGAAAGAACAGUCUUCUAUCAAAGAUAGAAAGUUUUGGCGAAUAAUUACAAGUCUGUCUUACAAGUUCCCGGAUUGGCAGAUGAAGGAAGCUCCUUUUCAUCACAAUGGUCGAAAAUGUAUGUGA